AUGGACCAGCGGAUGCUUCUUUUAACACGGCCUACUUGCGAUGUUAUUUUAUUGAGGUUGCAAUGUACUCCGUAUUACUUUUACCCCUUACUGCUGACCCCUCUGCUCACAUCGGAAACGCUUAUAAGACCCACGCGGCAUACUCCAAAAUUUGCUUGCGAUCUAAAGACUCUUCUGAAACCCAUAUGCCACUCACGGAAGACCCUAUUGUUUGAUGGAAUUAUGCUCACUAUUGUUACCAAAGCUAGAUAUCGAGGAAUGAAUUACCACCCCCGGAAAAAAGGAAAAACGACUGAGGACGCACGAAUACGCCUAAGCCGACUACAACAAGUAACUCGAGAGUGCAUCUUAUGCAUGGAAAUCCGCUCACCCAAGCAUUGCAAUCCGGUAUUUUAG